AUGUCCAACGCCCAGUCCAGCGCUGCUCUCGAUACCAUGCAGCACAAUCGGCUAUCUGCUCAAAUUCAGGUAAGCUGCUUUCAUACCCACCACAGAAUCAUCGUCCGCUACCCUGAUUUUUCAGUCGUAGAUGCCGAUCAAGAAGAUGAAACCGACCAAACUGACUUCACUAUGGUGGACAUGAGCAACUUUCAAGACACACCAGAAAGGUACGAUCCAACAGUGCCAUUAAUCCAGCAUCCGGCCGUUGAAGCCCAUGCAGGCCGCGACAACAGCCACGAGACGAGCACAUUCGUCCUCAUUCCGACAACCAAAUUACUGCAUGGUCCCGAGAACUUCAACAACCUUGCACAAGUGGGACUAGAUGCUCUUUUGCUUGAUAUGUACUGCGCCCAAAGCUACAUUGGUGAGACAUAUCUAAGCAUGAUAACGUCUAACAUGGUCAUCGACCGCAAUGGUACGGUGGAGGAGUGGGCUCGAGUCAUUAGAUCAACCAGAUAUCGCAGAGACAAUCACCAAAAGCCUCGCGUGUCGAAGCAGGAAUACAAUUUCCCUCUUGUCGACCUCCUGGACUCUGACACAAGGACUAUUACUAAGGAUGUGGCCGUUGAUCAGUUGGUACGCUUGUACGUUCGAUCGGACGCGAGAGCUUACAGACAUGCUAAUUUCAUGGCGAGUAUAGCAGAGUUCGAGAUCGAGACUCCGAGUCCGAAAUUCAAAGCGCCUCGUCACGAAGACGAUCUAGCUCAUGCCUUACGAGGGACACUAACGCUCGCAGACCCGACAACGCUUGCGCAUCCGGAUAACAAGAACUGCUACGUCUGUACGGACGCCUACAAUUCUACGACGACCAUCGCCGUGAACGUUCCCUGCACCGGCAACCACAUAGCUUGCGCAGACUGUAUCGUCAAGUGGGCCACGGACCGAGGUCUCACCGCCGCUUCGUGCCCGCUGUGCAGACAGAAGCUCUUCAGGGAUCCGCUGGAGAACCAGAACAUCGCUUUCGGUCUGACAAACGGUCUUUACCACCACGACAACAGGUACACAGCCUGGGAGAACUUCGAGCGCAGCUGCGCCGAUCUCGACCUCUCAGCCGCUGACAAUUCCAACACCUGGAUUGUGGUGAACACUGCUUUACUGACUGGCAGCUGGGAACACAUCACCCAAGGCGCCUUCCUCGAGCUAACCGACGCCGACAGCGUAGAAGCUACCUGGCACAAUCCUCUCGCCUCUCCCGAAUGGAGGCUCGUGGAGCAAGCGAUCCGGCAUUACCUUGUCCAAUGUUCAGGCAUCGAGUUCCAGGUCAAAGCCCUGCAUACCGAUCUCAUGCACUAUGUCUUCGGGGUCUUCAACAUCCAGUUUCGAGAAGUGGGCUUGGAUCGUUUCCUGACGGAAGACGAGGUGAAUGAUCUGGCUAGCGACCCCAUGUUCCUGGCUACGUAUCCACUAGGUGUGCGUCCGGGCUUGAGGGAGCUGUUGCAUAGGUGCUUGCAUCGAAUGCUUCGCCUGAUUGAGGUGAGGAAGUGCGAUUGCCAUCCUGACUUCCAUGGACAUGGGCUUAGGAUUUAUUACAGUCCUGUUAGCUUCACCGCACCUGUAAUUGAUCGUGAUGGGGAUGUGAUGAUGGAGUAG